CUUAGUAACAACCACCUAGAAAUGCAGUCAUUCGCCGAUUACCUAAGAGCAAUAGAUCGCUGAGUCUUGCAAACUUUUGUGUAACUAGUGAUUCUAUACGACGUCAUAGAACGCCACAACUUUUUUUUAACCUUUUCGCUAUCUCCACAUGCGAAACAACGUCCUUCCUCGUAGAAUGGAGCCUCACCUUAUCAAGCCACAGCACAAUAACUGGGACUUACUUCCAAAAGAGGAACCUUCCCUAAACAGAUGAGGCUAGUGCUCUGCCCCUGAAGGCCCCCUAUUCACAGCUGUUACUGGGAGUCACGACGUGGGGGAGCUCAAAUCGACCAUGGCGGAAGUGGAUAGACAACAAGGGAAGGAGGACCAGUCGAAAAGGCCAACGACUAAAGAAAAGCUUCUAGAAGAAAUUACGACACGUAUCGAAGAGUCUAAGAAGCUACAAGAAGAGUCUGUUCGACUCCACAAACAAGCCGACGAAGCAGAUGAUCCUGCAAUUGCUGAGGAUCUGAAAUUCCAGGCCCGCAAGCUAGACAGGAAUGCCGCCAAGUUGCUGAAAACGGCGAAGCGGCUCGAGACCGGCUGGAUGCAGGGUGGUGCUGCUGGUGCCGGUAUAGGGGCUGGUAUCGCUGGUGGACUCGGCAUAACAGUCGGGUCCUUGGUCAGCGGCCUAGUUGCUAUCCCUACUACCGGCUUGGGUAUCCUAGUCGGCGCGGGCACGGGGUUGGUCCACGGCCCUUGGGUCAAGUUCAGCCAGGCGUUCAGUAAGGACGAGGUAGAUGAAAUUGAUAAGGAAGCAGACGAAGAAGCCCGGAGGGUUGGCGAGGCUUGAGAUGAACUUAUACGGAAUAUGAUGAAACGGAUACAAUGUAUUGGCGUGGAUAAAACCAGCGUGGGUUAGCGUAGCAAGUGCUGGGUAUGGAUUUGAGCAUAUGAGGA